AAGGCACAAGGGAGCAGGGGGACCUCCUAGCACUGCCCCAAAAGCCACUUGGCCCUGCUGGCCAGCCUCACCUUCACCUCCCCUGCACGCCAGGGACCGACUCUCUCGUGAGCAGCAGGAGCUGCAGUUCCUGACUCAAGAUCUGCCACCAACAUUGCAGGUGAGGACGGAGCCAUCCCCACCAUCAGAAGUUGUCACAACCACACUGGUCACUCCAUCGGCUCCUGUAUCCUCAGCCACGGAGCCUGCAGAGAUGUCCCAGCCACGCCCAUCAUCAGCAUCUGCCUUCAGGUGUUUUGUCCAGCCAACGUCACACCCCCUGCCAGCUUCCCCCUCCCGUUCCUCUAAAGCUGUCUCAAAUUCAGUACGCACUGGCAGGCAUAAUGCGAUUGACUGGGAGGUGGCCCGAGAUUUGCUACGUGAUGUUGAAGAAUAUGGCCUUGGCUCCGCACAAGUUUUGCAGACUCUCAGAGUGCUAAACUCAGGCCUGCUCUUUCCAUCUGAUAUUAGAUAUAUAGCUAAGGUGCUGUUCAAGCCUGUGCUAUUUGAUAUUUUUUUGAAGUACUGGAGGGAGGCUGCUGAAAGGGCUGCAGCAGGCAACAGGCUUUUGCCUCAGAGAGAUCCUAGGUUUCAGGCAGGGGUGGACAUUCUCCUUGGAGCACAGGCCUCUUCCAGUCCUAAUUUUGAGGCUACCUGGGACUCUGCCGUUCUUGAGCAGAGUCAAAGGGCAGGAUUUCGUGCAUUGUUAAGAACCAUAGAACUGGCCUCCCCCGGGCCAGCAUUUGCGGCAAUAACUCAGGGAGAAGAUGAACGUUUUCUGCCAUUUGUCAGGAAGUUUGCUGAUGCCCUUGAGAAGCAGAUUGAGGAUGAUGCCUUAAGGGAAAAGUUAUGCAAGCAGUUAGCCCAGUGCAAUGCGAACAGUCAGUGCAAGAGGAUCAUAGCUGCUCUUCCAGGCAGCCCAUCACUAGUAGACAUGGUCAAUGCAUGUGCCUGGGUAGGUUCUGUAGGCCACACAGUGCCUGCUCUGAUGGCUCCCUCACAGCCAGGCCAGAUACCCUUAGGGGGUGGACAACAGAAGAGCAAAAUUAAGAGCAAGGGAAAGCAAGGAACAUGCAAUCCAACAUGGCCGGGUACCUCCUUCUUGUGCACUAGAUGCCUAAGGCCAGGUCAUUUUGCUGAGCAAUGCAAGGCUAAAUUUCAUGCCAAUGGCCAGCCUUUGGCAGACCCAGGAACGGGACAAUGAGCACAGGGGAAUUGUGCCCUGACACAAGUGAUUCCUCAGGGCAUGGUGCUGGCUCAGGCCUGCCCAGCCAGCUCGGAGGCAUCACCCAGGGCUAUGCCGGUGUGGAUGCACCAC